GGCUUCAUUAUUCAAAUGGUAAAUUUAAAGUUUUUGUGAUUACAUAGUUUGAAUCUAUAUUAUUAAAUGUCAAUAUCUGAGUUUGGACAACGCAAAAGCACCGUAAGGAACCCAACAAAAACCCUAACCCUGAUUGUAAUAAUCACACUCAUGGACACCAUUGGCGUCUUGACGAUGUACCCGAUGUCUCAAUACCUCGAAGAGCAGCUCCGGCAGCGAUUCAAUCUCCUCAAAUUCUGGGACUUGAGUUCAAAGGCUGAAUUUUUACACAGAAAUUCACACUCCAUCCGCGCCGUCGUUGGAAAUGCCAAGUACGGCGCCGACGCCGCGUUGAUCGACGCCCUCCCGAAGCUGGAGAUCGUCGCGAGUUACAGUGUGGGGUUUGAUCAGAUCGAUUUGGCGAAAUGCAGGGAAAGAGGCGUUAGGGUCACGAACACGCCCGAUGUGUUGACGGACGACGUUGCAGAUUUGGCAAUUGGGUUGGUGCUGGCGACUUUGAGGAGGAUUUGCGAGUGCGAUCGGUUUGUGAAGAGAGGAGCGUGGAACAAAGGUGAUUACAAGCUGACUACGAAGUUCAGUGGUAAAUCAGUUGGCAUUGUUGGGUUGGGCAGGAUUGGAUCAGCAAUUGCGAAGAGAGCUGAAGCAUUUGGCUGCCAAGUCAGUUACCACUCCAGAUCCAUGAAACCACAAACGAAUUACAAGUACUAUUCGAACAUCAUUGACUUGGCAUCCAACUGCGAAAUCCUGAUCGUUGCUUGCACUCUAACAGACGAAACCCACCACAUUGUCAGCCAUAAAGUCAUUGAUGCAUUGGGUCCUGAAGGCAUUCUCAUCAACAUUGGACGGGGUGCACAUGUUGACGAAUCCGAGCUUGUGUCUGCCCUGCUGGAAGGGCGGUUGGCUGGAGCUGGACUCGAUGUGUUUGAAAACGAGCCUGAGGUGCCCGAAGAACUGUUUAGUCUCGAGAACGUGGUUCUAGUGCCCCAUGUGGGAAGUGACACUCUGGAAACUUGCAAGGCCAUGGCUGACCUUGUGAUUGGGAACUUGGAGGCGCACUUUCAGAACAAGCCACUGCUAACACCAGUGAUCUAAAUGUGUUGGGAGAGUACAAGUAUGGAAAAAUGGCGCUGCCCAGUUAAUUAAAAGUCAUCCAGUUUUGGCACAAGGCUGUCCAAUUAGGAACUUACCCGUCUUUGGAAUUUUACCCUUCUGGCAGGCAUGUUGUUGUUGAAUAAAACCCUGCUAUUUGUCAUUGAUAUACUUUUUAUGUCUUAUAAUGAAAGCCAAUCCCAACUAUUUGUGGCGUGCUCAGAUGAAUCUCCUGUGUUCAUUGUACCUCAAUUUACAUGAUUAUAAAAUAGAGAUGGGGCUUAUCAGGCGGCCGUUCAA